AAACAUUUUCUCUCACUUUACUUCCAAAUCCUAAGAAACACCCUCUCUCAACUCUUCACACAGCUCGAAAUAUGGCUUUCAACAUCACCACCACCAAAACUACCGUCAUCGGCCUGGCCAAGGCAGCAAACCUUCCCACGAGGGCUUAUGUCACCUUCUUGGCCAGAAAUGGUGAUUAUGUUGAGGGCGUGGUGGGUUUGGCCAAGGGCUUGUGGAAGUUAUAUGAGGCGAAGGCAAAGUUCGGAGCUCAGAGCUCACCGCACCUCGGCUACAGAGCUUACCGCACCUCGGUUUAUAGCGCCGAGCCUGCUGCACCUCGGCAAUUCGCCACACAGCAUGUCACCAUUAUUGGGUUGACCAGGCCACGUGGAUGUGGACAAGCCACGUGGGUGCCUUGCCUAGAUGGACAAAGCCCACAAGGCUCAGAAUCCUCGGACGCCCUUAUGUGCAAAAUAUUCCCAUCCACCUUGCAUGGUAAUGCUCGCACCUGGUAUUACAGCCUGAAACCAUACUCAAUCAGUUCGUAUGUCGAGAUGGUAGCGGCUUUCGCUACAAAGUUUUCCAACCGAAGGCUAAUUAAGAAAACAACAGCAGAGCUCAUGCGGGUGGCCCAGAGAGAAGGAGAAUCUCUCAAAAACUACCUAAACAGGUUCAACGAUGCAGUGCUGGAAAUUGACUCGUUUGACCAAGCUGUAGGAAUCGCUGCUAUCACCGAAGGGCUUGCCCAUGAGCGGUUUCGAGACAGCCUAAUCAAACACCCCCCUGCUUCCUUUGAAGAAGUCAAUGACAGGUCCUGCAACUUCAUCACUACGGAAGAAUAUGUGUUAUCACAAAAGCCCUCAGCCAUCAACGACAACAAAAACACAUGGAAGGAGGAAGGGCCCCACAAGAAGAAGUUCAAAGCCACUCAGAACCGAGAUAAAAAACAAAAUGGAUCUCAGAAGGCCUCCGCCCUUACGGAGCUUACCCACCUCCAGAGAUCAUACAAAGUAUGCGACUACCACCAGGACCAUGGCCAUACCAUGGAGGCAUGCCACAUGCUGAAGUCCGAGCUCGAAAGCUUGGCACGGAAGGGGAUGUUGAAUGAAUUCAUCCCCAUCAAAGAUCAUCCAAGAUUCAUAAGGGAACAACGCCCAGACUCCCAAGGGCCCCAAGGCGCUGGCAACAAGACGGGGGUUGGCUACCAACAACCUCCACCUCCUCUGCCCACCCCAACCAGAAUCAUUGAUAUGAUCAAUGGGGGGCUGGAACCAGGAGGGACGAGCUCAAAACAACAAAAACUCUAUGUAAGGGAGGUCAAACAUCAGAACCAAGCUCAAAAGAGAAAGCUCGACGACGAGGGGUGGAAAGACCAGACCAUAACUUUCACCUCGGCUGACUUUGACAGCGUCGUCAGACCCCACAACGACCCGCUGGUCACAACAGCUAUCAUUAACAACUGUGAAGUCCACCGUGUCCUUGUCGACACCGAAAGUGCCCCGGACAUAAUGUAUUAUCACUGCUUCGAGAGCCUUGGCCUCGACCCAUCUCUCUUGCAGAAAUAUGACGGACCCAUCUACGGCUUCAACAAUCAGCCAGUUCUUGUCGAAGGGGUACUAAAGAUCAACGUGGCUUUCGGUUCAGGCCGAACGUACGUCACCCCGUCAGUCCAGUUCCUAGUGGUAAAAAUGGCCUCCUCUUUCAACAUUGUCGUGGGAAAGCCCACCCUAACAGAAAUCCGCGCCGUUGUCUCACAAGCUCAUCUAUGCAUGAAGUUCCCUACGCCUAUGGGCAUUGCAACUCUGAGGGGAAACCAAGAAGUGGCCAGACACUGUUACAUGACCUCGGUCAGUCGACCUCGGAAGGACAAGGAGCUAUUACAAUUGCCAGUGCAACAAGAGGCACCUACUACCCAGCAAGUAAUAGGUGUCGAGCUACCAGAUAAUAGACCGGAUGGCGAAGCCAGAGCUACGCCGAUGGAAGAAAGGGAAGAGCUUCUUGAAACCAAACAAGGACAUGUUCGCCUGGACUUCGGCCGACAUGCUCGGCAUCCCGAUCUCAGUCGCGGUGCACAAAUUGAGCACCAAUCCUCUAAGGAAAACGGUAGCUCAGAAGAGGCGACUGUUCGGAGGAGAGAGAUUGCAGGCUAUCAGAGAAGAAGUACAGAAGCUGCUACAGGCUGGGUUCAUGAGGAGAGUAGAUUACUGCGAAUGGAUCGCCAACCUUGUUAUGAUAAGCUGGUAGAGGCCGCCUCAGGGAAUGAGAGGUUAAGCCUCUUGGAUGCCUACUCAGGGUAUCAUCAAGUCCGUAUGGCACUUGAGGACAAGGAGCAACAUACUAGAAAAUGGUCACAAUUGUGUUCCGAGUUCAAAUCGGCAGAAACCUGGAAGUCUAUGCAAAUUUUUGGGAUAGAGGUCAAGCCUGAGAAGAUAAAAGCAAUAGAGGAGAUGAAACCGCCGAGGUCAACCAAGGACAUGCAACGCUCAGCAGGGAGGAUAGCAGCACUGCACAAAUUUAUCUCCAAAUCAGCAGAUAAGUGUUUGCCUUUCUUUAAGGUCUUGAGAAUUACAGCUCAAAAAGAUGAAACGGGAAAGCCCCAGAAGUUCAACUGGACGACUAAGUGUCAAGUGGCUUUUGACGAGCUCAAAGCCUACCUCAACUCGCUGCCCCUGCUGACUAAGGCUCAAGAAGGUGAAAUUCUUUAUCUUUACCUCCGGAUAUCUGAUACUGCUAUCAGUUCUGUCUUGGUCAGGGAAGUGGGGAAACAACAGCAACUGGUAUACUAUGCCAGUAAGGUGCUGCAGGGAGCUGAGCAGAAAUACUUGAUAGUAGAGAAAGUAGCCCUAACAGUUGUUGUUACUGCAAGGAAAUUGAGGCCAUAUUUCCAAUCCCAUCCUAUUAUCGUGAUGACUAAUCAACCUCUAAAACAAAUUUUGCAGAGACCAGAAUGCUCCGGGAGACUCAUCAAAUGGGCAGUAGAGUUGGGGGAGUUUCAGAUAGCAUUCCAGCAAAGGUCGGCAAUCAGAGCUCAGGUUUUGGCAGAUUUUGUGGUAGAAUGCACUUCCAAUCAGGUGGAACUAAAUUCCGAGGCAGAAACAUGGACCUUGUAUGUCGAUGGAUCAUCUAAUAGCAAGGGUGCAGGAGCUGGAGCAGUACUAACUAGGCCUGACAACUUUCGGAGUGAACACGCUCUGAAGUUCAACUUUGAGGCCACAAACAACGUGGCCGAGUACGAAGCCCUCCUCAUGGGACUGUGUUUGGCAGCCGAGCUCAAAGUCAAGUGCCUGCAAAUUUGCAAUGACUCACAGUUGGUAGUUAACCAAGUCAAUUCUAUGUGCGAAGUCGCUGAUCCCAUUCUGGGAAAGUAUGUGACCGCAGUCUCUGAGUUGAAAAAUCACUUUGAGAAAUUCCAGCUUCCAAAAAUUCCGAGAGCAGAGAAUGAGCAUGCAGAUUCUUUAUCGAAGUUAGCGUCUGAAAACUCCGGGGAGGUAAAGUUUGUGUACAUCGAGAUAUUGAAUGAACCGAGCUUCCAAACGUCGAGGGUGAUGGAAAUCAGCAUUAAUCUAGAGGCUCCCAGUUGGACGGACCCCAUUCGAGCGUACCUCCUCAAUGGAACCGUCCCAGGGAACAAACAAGAAGAAGUGAAAUUGCGAAGAAAAGCCUCCUGGUAUACCCUGGUUGGUGAUGUUUUGUAUAAAAGAUCCUAUUCGUUACCUCUCCUCAGGUGUUUGACACCAUAUGAAGCUGAAUAUGCAUUAAGAGAGGUACAUGAGGGGGUGUGUGGCAGUCACAUAGGAGCUCAAACUCUGGCCCAUAAGGUACUUCGGCAAGGAUACUAUUGGCCCAACAUGCAAGAGGAUGCAAAGAAGUUUGUGCAGAGAUGUCAGAAAUGUCAGUUCUUCACCCAUCUCACUCAUCAGCCAGCUGAUGAAGUCACCAGCAUGAUUGCACCCUGGCUUUUGCUCAAUGGGGAAUAGACCUCCUAGGCCCCUUUGUCAAAGCAGUAGGGGGGGCAACACAUUUAGUGGUUGCUGUUGAUUACUUCACUAAGUGGGUAGAAGCCCGACCUCUCUCCUGUUUGACUUCAAGAAGAAUUGAGGACUUUCUCUUUAGCUCAGUCAUCUGAAGGUAUGGGAUACCGAACCAGGUUAUAGCUAACAAUGGCCCCUAGUUCAAUUGUAAU